GUUGGCUCCGACUUCCUCUUCCUAUAACGAUGCGGCUCCGACUCAAGAUGAUGAUGCUGAGGCUGUGGGUACCGCUUUAAAGAAGCGGAUGCUGACCACGCCCUUCCGCGAACCACCGAUAGAGGGCGCGGUUUCGAUCCCAAGCAGGCCGAAAGAGCAGCAGCUUUUACCUCACUGCCCUUCCAGCAGCAUCUCACCUUCAGCCGGCCACACGCACAUCCGCCGACGCCCCUGACAGAGACCACCGGAGGCACAAGCCGCGUCUGGAAGAGAAAAACAAACGGGGCGAAAGCGUCCAAAACCAGGGCCAAUUGAUUUAAUAAUGUAGGGCUUGUUUUUGCGGUUUGACAUCUAAUUUAGCCUGCCCGCUUCACUGCGACACAGAAAUCCCGCAUAGAUCUACCGCAACCUUCUCCUCGGCUUGUCACGAUCAACCCGUCUUGCCUUCCCGGACGCAAGCAGUCGACGUCUUCCGCGAAUCCGUCGCUGUUUGGGUUUUUUUCUUUUCUCUUUUCGGCAGUCAGAUCAGGCCGCAUCUGCUCGCCCUCCAGCCUCAGCAGCAUCUUUCCAGCAGCAGCAGCAGCAGCAGCAGAAGCAGCAUCAUCAUCCUUCUCAUCAACGCCAUCCUCGAAUCUGCGCAAUGGCCGACGUACCAGCGGAGUGCAACAUAAAAGUGCUGUGUCGCUUUCGCCCCCUCAACCAGUCGGAGAUCGUACGCGGGGACCAGUUCCUGCCCAAAUUUCAAGGGGACGACACCGUCAUCGUGGGGGGGAAGCCGUAUGCAUUUGAUCAUGUGUUUCCAACCAACACCACCCAGGAGCAAGUUUACAAUACCUGUGCCAAGCAGAUCGUCAAGGAUGUGCUCAGUGGAUACAAUGGCACCAUCUUUGCAUAUGGACAAACGUCCUCUGGGAAGACUCACACCAUGGAGGGAAAGCUGCACGACCCUCACCAGAUGGGCAUCAUUCCUCGCAUUGCUGAGGAUAUUUUCAAUCACAUCUUUGCGAUGGACGAAAACCUGGAAUUCCACAUCAAGGUUUCCUACUUUGAAAUCUACAUGGACAAAAUCCGUGACCUGCUGGAUGUGACGAAGACCAACCUGUCUGUCCAUGAGGAUAAGAACAGGGUUCCAUAUGUUAAGGGAUGCACUGAGCGCUUUGUGUCCAGCCCUGAUGAGGUUAUGGAUGUGAUUGAUGAAGGCAAAGCGAACCGCCAUGUUGCUGUGACCAACAUGAACGAGCACAGCUCUCGCAGCCACAGCAUCUUCCUGAUCAACAUCAAGCAGGAGCACGUGGAGACGGAGCAGAAACUGUGUGGGAAACUCUACUUGGUGGAUCUGGCUGGCAGCGAGAAGGUCAGUAAGACCGGAGCUGCCGGUUCUGUCCUGGACGAGGCUAAAAACAUCAACAAGUCUCUUUCCGCUCUGGGGAAUGUCAUCUCUGCCUUGGCCGAGGGAACGAAAAGUCACGUUCCGUACCGCGACAGCAAAAUGACCCGCAUCCUGCAGGACUCGCUGGGCGGGAACUGUCGCACCACCAUGUUCAUCUGCUGCUCUCCGUCCAGCUACAACGAAGGGGAGACUAAAUCAACUCUGAUGUUCGGACAGCGCGCCAAGACCAUAAGGAACACGGCCUCCAUUAACCUGGAGUUGACUGCCGAGCAGUGGAAGAGGAAAUACGAGAAGGAGAAGGAGAAGAACAAGACGCUGAAGGAGACGAUUCAGAAACUGGAGGCGGAGCUCAACCGCUGGAGAAACGGAGAGGACGUACCCGAGACUGAGCAGACCACGGCAGACGUGGUGACUCGCAUCGAGACCGUGGAGGAGCGCCCCGUUCUGGACAACGACACCUCCUCCAUUGUGGUCCGCAUCUCCGAAGAGGAGCGGCAGAAGUACGAAGAGGAGAUCCGCAAGCUGUACAAGCAGCUGGAUGACAAGGACGAUGAGAUCAACCUGCAGUGUCAGCUGGUGGAGAAACUGAAGCAGCAAAUGCUGGACCAGGACGAGCUCCUGGCCUCGUCCCGGGGAGACGGGGACAAGGUCCAGGCUGAGCUCGGCAGGCUGCAGGUGGAGAGCGACUGCGCCAAGGCCGAGGUGAAGGAGGUCCUUCAGGCUCUGGAGGAGCUGGCCAUUAACUACGACCAGAAGAGCCAGGAGGUGGAGGAGAAGGGCCUGCAGAACCAGCUGCUGGCCGACCAGCUGUCCCAGAAAAUGGCGAGCCUGAUGGAGCUGGAGGCAGAGCUGUCCCGUAUGCAGGAGGUGAGCGGUCAGCAGAGGAAGCGCAUCGCCGACGUCCUCAACGGACUCAUGAGGGACCUCAGCGAGUUCAGCACCAUCGUUGGGAACGGAGAGAUAAAGCUGCCGGUGGAGAUCAGCGGCGCCAUCGAGGAGGAGUUCACCGUGGCCCGGCUCUACAUCAGUAAGAUCAAGUCGGAGGUGAAGAGCAUGGUGAAGCGAUGCCGCCAGCUGGAGAACAUGCAGCUGGAGUGCCACCGCAAGAUGGAGGAGACCGGCCGGGAGCUCUCCUCCUGCCAGCUCCUCAUCUCUCAGCAUGAGGCUAAGAUCCGCUCUCUGACCGAGUACAUGCAGAGCGUGGAGCAGAAGAAGAGGCAGCUGGAGGAAAGCCACGACUCCCUGACCGAAGAGCUGGCUAAGCUGCAGGACCAGGAUAACUCUGUGCUUGAGGAGAAAGACGGAGAGAAGGGUGAGAUCGAGGAUGGAAAUACGAAGAAAGCGCUUCGUCAGCAGGGGGAGUCUCACCGCGGCCUCCAUCACAAGCAGCUCGCCCGCCUGCGGGAUGAGAUCAACGAGAAGCAGAGGGUCAUCGAUGAGCUCACCGAUCGCAACUCCAAGCUGGAGCUGGAGCUGGCUCAGGUGCGCGCCGACUUUGAUCGCCUGAAGAGUCAGGACAGCUGCAAGAGCGAGCGCCUGGAGGAGCUUUCAUUCCUGCAUGAGCGCCAUGAGCAGACCAAGCAGGACUUGAAGGGUCUGGAGGAGACUGUUGCCCGCGAACUCCAGACCCUCCACAACCUGCGCAAGCUGUUCGUUCAAGACCUCACGUCGCGGGUUAAAAAAAGUUCCGAAAUGGAGCCUGAUGAUAGCGGGGGGUCUAGCACCCAGAAGCAGAAGAUUUCCUUUCUUGAGAAUAACCUGGACCAACUUACAAAGGUUCACAAACAGCUGGUUCGUGACAAUGCAGAUCUGCGUUGUGAGCUUCCAAAGCUGGAGAAACGUCUUCGGUCUACUGCUGAGAGAGUUAAGGCCCUGGAGACUGCACUGAGGGACGCCAAAGAGGGCGCCAUGAUGGACCGCCGCCGCUACCAGCAGGAGGUGGAUCGGAUCAAGGAGGCCAUGAAGUCUAAAAUCGCGCUGCGGCGCCCCCAUGCUGCACAGAUCGCAAAACCAGUGAGACCAAAGCAGCUGCCCGUCUGCUCUCCCACCAACCCGUUCUACGCCUACAUCCGGGCCACCGAGCACGCCAACGCCUACAGCAACGCCCUCUUCCAGAGCAGCACGACGCCCAAGAGCUCCUCCAGCAUCGACUGCAACCUGAACUCUGUGCAGAGCAACACAGUUUCCACAGCUCUGGGCUACAGAGCAGGGAGGUAUAAUGGAGAUGUGCUGGAGUCCUACCCACUCAACAUUGACAACGGAAACAGCAUCAAUGAAACCAGAGACAUAAAUGACAACAGAAGUGACGUUCACUGUGGCAGCGAGGUGGAUGACUCAAACAGGCACAACAGCAUGCAGCAGCCGCAGACUGCUUCAAGUUAGCUCAACCAAACACUGUAACCCUCGGAGAACCCUCCCGUUUUGUUCGCAUGCAGCCUCUGUGACCUCCGUCCACCGCAUCACCACUGAAGAUGAAGAUGAAGAUCUGUAGCCCUGUGGAAGAUGAAGCCCCCUCCUGUUCCCACGGUGACCUUUCUUGCUCUCCGUUUUGGGCUCCAGUCCCUUCCGGUUCAGCCAGUGCUGAGCAUCUUCUCUCAGGCUCUGCUUUAUUCAGACAGCCUAAUCACAGACGAAUCUAAAUUAUUGAUCCGUGAGUUCAUCGACGGGGCCCAGCAGAUAUCACUGCCUGAGGUGGCUGAACCGAACCAGGACUGGACCCAGAUUGCUCGAUGCUCACACUUUGUAAAUAGUAGUGCUGUAUACUCCUGUAGUUUUUUUUUCUUCUUUUUGUUUUUGACCAACAACUGUUUGUCCAAAUUGCCACACUCGCUCCGCCCCCUUUGUGCAAAUUUUCUUCGCCACGCCGGUUUAAAAAAAACAACAAACAAAACAACAAAUGCGAGCGACCAUGAAUCUUUUAUUCUGUCAUAAAUAAGAGCGUAUACCAGCUAGUCGGUUGACACCUCAGUCUUUUUGUGCAUGUUGCUUAAGUUUCCUGGCCAAGCUUUCAAAUCUCUCUGCAUGUGUCCUAUAUGGAGCUGGUGAUGGAUGCAAGAAACAAGAAACGAGAGCGGGACGAUUUCCCUCAGUCCAGAUCUUGGUGUCAGUACUCUAUGUUUUCUAUCUCAAAGUAAAUCUCAGUGCAGAUUUAAAUCAGUGUAAAUAAAAAAAAAAAGGAAAAGUCACAACGAAUAUUAGAGAGAAUCCCAGCUCAGACUCACAGUUGCAUUGAGAGGAUCUCGACUGAUUGCUUUGAUAAUGCCGCAGCUGUACGAUGGCCCUCUGUACAUUCCCUGCACCGCUCGCACACUUCAGUGUCCCCUUUACCGAGCCUUAACAUCAACUGAUACUUCACAGUCAAUUGGACUCGCUGGCAUUUGCAUAAAGUACAUUUGUAAUUACUACCUCUAGAGCAGCUUGUUGUUUAUGAAUACCUUUCUUUUCAGAUGCUGAUUAAAAAGAGAGCUGAUCUUAGAGUUUCUACACAGUUGUAACUUUAGAAUAAGAGUACGUGUAAGUAGAUUUUGACGUAUUAACCAUAGCUGUAGUUUUCGCCUCAUGCCGGUUCAUUAAAAAAA